CCGUGGCUUGACGCGCAGCGAGGACCAGCCUGCUGCGCACUUGACAGGAUAUACAGACAGAGCGCACUGCGGCAGUGGGGAUGAACGGGGCAAGUGCGGAGUCUCGUAAACACGCUUAAGCGCGUUUUUAUGACUGGAUUAUUGUGUUGUUAUUUUCUGAGACUUGUUUACAGCGGCAACAUUGUGAGCGGAUACCCUCCUGUGUGAGCGCAUCAAGGGACAAGCCUGGGACCUGGAGGGGCCCCUCCACACUUAACAGUGGAGUGGAGAUGCUAAAACAGAAGUAAUGUUUUAAGAAUACAGUGAAGCCCAGGUGCCUGACAGCCCAUGUGUGUCUGGGCCAACCCUCUGAACGAGGAGUGAAGAGUGAGAGCAGUGCAUUCUGGAGCACGAGCAUGGUUCACCUCUCCUCUGCCUGGCUGCUGGGAGGCCCUCUGGGCCUGUUUCUGAUGGUUCCUGUCCUCAUGGCCCCCACUCCUUCGAGCUUGUGUACCCCUCUGAAGACCCUGAACGACAGCCUGAGCUACAGGAAGCGUUACAUGAAGCACAACUUUCCUAUCAACUACGGCAUACGUGUUCAUUAUGAGGAAAUAUUCAAACUCUCCAACAUAAGCUGGAUGAGAGUAAAUGUGGAGGGCUUGGAUGAGCUGACUCUUCAGAGACUUUGGUUCCAAGUCAAUCAAGGCAUCUUAAAAAAGCUCAUUCGUGUGAUGCCUGAGAGACAUCCAUCGCGGCGGUAUACUGCAGAGCUGGAGACACGACUCCGAGAUGCAGAGGGAGUCUUUGUUUUGGCACAUCCAGCUGAGGUGUUCCAGCAGGAGCUUCCAGAGUCAGUCCAAGACAUUUGGGAUCAGUUAACUGAAGAGCCAGAAAAAGUGUCCAGCUGGAGAUAUGCCACUCCAAAGUCCCUCAUGGACAACCUGUGCCGCACCAUGCACUGUCUGUUCAGCGAAUGUUUUACCACAGAAGCACAGCAUGACUGUGAGUAGGACAUCACCAGUGUCCUCAUGUUGUGAAGACUGUGACAGGUCCCAUUGGAGGAAAGGCAAGAAGAAUGUGAACACAAAAAGCUGAGAAGAAGCCAUGAAGGAGAACGUGUUCAUGGAAUCAUAUUUUAGCCUGUCCCCUGAGCAGAGAGGACUGCAGAAGGACAAUAAACACUGACAGUACCAGUCCUGAUUUAUGGAAAUCUGUGCAAUGACGAAGGAGCAAGUCAAAUGAACACACUUGGGAAAAAACAGUAAAUGCGUAAUAUGAUUUCAUCAUUAUACUUCAUAUCAUUACAAAGAAACAAAUAUUUUCUUUGUGAGUGACAGAUGUUUAAGAGAUUUGUUAUACAAGUUAUAUGUAUAUUCAAUCAUGUUAAAUGAUGUUUAAAGAAGGAAGAAGGAGCUGAUCCAGCUCUGCACCUCCAGAACAGGAGCUCUCUACACCGUCAGGAUAUGAUAACUGUGGCACGUCCUGUGCACCAGUGGACCUGCCCGCUCACUGCACAAGAAGCCUACAUGGAAGCCUACAAGGUUCAUGUCCCCCUCACUUUGUACUCCAAGUAAAUAUUACUGCUAUGAAUGUAGCGAGCUACAGCCAGAACCAUGGACCCAACGCAAAGUAACGCCAAAAACUGCUGUUGUCUAUGUAUUUUGUGACUGCCUUAAUAUGUAUUUUGUGACUGCCUUAAUUUAAUGUGCCAUUAUGAUAUACAUUGUUGCCUAUCCAAAGGUCCAGGACUAAUGCAAGACAUUGUUAAAUAUUCAAAGCUGAAUGCACAGUAGUGAUACAGUAUAACAGGUUUCAUCACAGUUUGAAUCAGCAGAUUUAAACCAUUUUAGCUGCAUUUGAAUUCACAGCUAUCAAACAAAUAUUUUAUUUUAUAUAAAAAAUUGAAAACUAACAUUUGGUGAGAACUGAAGAUAUAUAUGUUCUCCAAGAAUUUAUUUUUAAUACAAGCUGGACAAAUUUCUGAGCAUUAAACAAAGCAAUUAACUGGCCUCAGCAUCAACCACAUUGAUUUGAAUAGAAGUUUAAAGUGAAACUAGAUUUACCAAAAAUUUGAAUGUUAAAGCAUUCUGUUAUUUCAACAUUAUAGUAGAACUCCUUCUGUUUUUAGAAUGUAUGAAUUAUUAAAUGUAACUCUUCAGCAGGGAGAAUGAACAUACUAUCAUUGAGAUCAAGUACAACUGUCAUUUAGUUAAACAUACAACCUUUGCCAAACCUGAUUGGCACCACCAAAACAAAACUAUAACAGUAAAAAGCAUUUAUAGAAUGUUGCCUGUGGUCUGAAAUUGACAUUCUAGAAAUAGAGUUUUAUAUGCAAGAUAUUGAAUGUAUUUAUUUUUUGGAAAAUGUAUAGACUUAUCAUUUUGAAAGAAAAUUUAAAAUAAAAUGGCUGUGUAGCAA